AUGCCACAACUAGAUACAUCCACAUGAUUCAUUACAAUUACAUCAAUAAUUAUAACAUUAUUUAUUUUAUUCCAACUAAAAAUCUCAAACUACUCAUACCCAGCAAGCCCAGAAUCAAUUGAACUCAAAACUCAAAAACAUAGCACCCCUUGAGAAAUAAAAUGAACGAAAAUCUAUUUGCCUCUUUUAUUGCCCCCACGAUAA